AGGCCGCGGCGGAGGGGGGGGGGAAGAAGGCGCGCGCGGGCGGGGGCGGAGUGCGGCCCCUGCCGCCAGGGGCGGGCGGCCCGCUCCUGCCAGGGGGGCGCGGCGGCGCGGGCGCCCCGAGGCGCCGGAUGGUAUCUUGCCCUGCCCGGCACCGGCGAUGGGGAGCGCGCUCCGCGCCGCGUGCGCCAGAGUGGCGGCGAGCCGGGAGGAGCCCAUCAGCUGGACCAUCCGGAAGGACUACUCGGUGCCCCGCAAGGUGGUCGUGCGAAGUUUGGAGGUCCUGGACAGCGAGGACUCGCCCGACAAGCCUGGCAUGAUGUACGAGUCCACGCUGAAGGACAUGGUGCGGAGGUUCGACAAGGUCUUCGGCAACGGGGUCGGGCAUGCCGAGGCGCCUUGA